UCCAUUCGAGCCUCGACCUGGAGCUCGAUUUGUCAUCAACCAAAAGGCUCGACACCCCUUACAGUCGCAAGCGUCGCCGUCGCCGUCGCCGUCGAGUUCUUCCUCAGUCCUCAGUCGGGGUUUCGGUUGUUCGAUUUCUGGAAGUUUAUUUUUGUUGAUGCAAUGACAAGUGAAGCGUCGAAGAAGAAGGUUCCUCCUCAGAUUUUCAAAUUGGACACAGCUUUCAAACUUGCCGAACAAUGGGUCAAGGACAUGUCAAAGCCCACAGAAGAUGAAGAAACUGAACCAGAACUCGCUCUUCGACCUCAUAGGCUUGGUCUUGGUGCAAAAGUGUCGAAGCAAACAAAGCGUCGACCUUCAGAUGAUCCACUCGACCGGAAACUGCAAGGGAAGUUGGAUGCAGGGAGAAGAAAACAUGCGAAAACUGUUCCCUUUUCUAACAAGAAUAGCUAUCAUGAUGAUGAUGAUGAUGAUGAUGAACUAGAAAGCAAAAGCAGGGCAUUUGGCAAGAAGAAAGCAGGUCCUCAAUUGCAGGCCAAGAAAUAGAAUGCAGCAGCCAUCUUCUUCUUGUACAUAUAACCUGUUUGUUGGUCUUGGUUAAAGUUUUAAUCUUUUUAUUUAUUUAUUAGAAAUUCUUCUUUUUUUUAGAAUCCCAUUAAAAAAACACUAAAUUUUACCAAAUGUGUUGUAUAAA